AUGUGGGCGCUUCUAUUCUUUUGGUAUUCAAUUCAAUAAAAACUUGUCUCGUUUCGUCUCUCUUUUUGACCGAAUAUUUCCAGGAUGAUACUAACCGCAAUCGCUAUCGUACUUCUCAUCUGGAGAUGCACAGCGCUCAUCUAUUUCGCCCUCUGUCUGCCAGUUCUCGCCACGUUUCUCUACUUCAUCUUCAAAAAUGACACGUCCAUGUCGAAUGUGGUCAGUUUGAAGCUCGUGAUUGAUGCUGACACAACUUCAGAAUAGAGAAUCCUUCUUCAAAGGUCUCCGCUUCGGAGGCCAUCGUGGUUCCCCGGAAAAAGCGCCGGAGAACUCGAUCGCCAGUUUCCAAAAAGCCAAAGAGGACGGCUGCGAUCUCGUGGAAUUCGACAUCCACAUGACGUCCGACGGCGUCGCCCUUCUGAUGCACGACGAGACGACCGCCCGUACCGGCAACGCCGAUCUUCCAAUCUCGGGCUCCACGUGGCGACAGUUGGAAGGGGUGGAGUUGAAGGCGGUGGGCGGUGUCACCGGGAAGAUUCCAAAAUUGAGUGAGGCUAUCGAUUGGUGUGUCGGAAAUGCGAUCAAGAUGCUGUUCGACGUGAAAAACGACAAUUUGGCACUGAUUGAGGCGCUUGCAGAGGAGAUCAGAAAGCGGAAUUUGUACGAGAAGGUGAUGGUGAGCAGCUUCAAUCCGGUCGUGCCCUGGCGGCUCAAGAAGAUCGACUCGAAGAUUGUUACUGGUAAGAACUUUGUACUGUCCGGUCGCAGAACGGUUCCAGGUAUCACCCUCGACCGCUCGUACUACUCGUACAGCGACGACUACCGAAAACAGCCCUUCUCGAAGAACAUGUUCUUGCACUGGUGGAAUGAGUUCCUCGACGAGCUCAACAUCAUCGUCUCGCCGCUUUACAUCCUGCCCCGAUUCCUCGGCGUCGACGUCGUCAUGAUCAGUUAUCGAUUGAUUUCAGAGUAAGACUCUCGGUCUAAAUCUCUAACAAUCUCGCUUUGAAUUCAGAAACGCGGUGCGGGAGUCUAAGGAGAAAGGAUUUUCGGUGAUCUCAUGGACCGUCAACGACCCGAACUACAUGAACAUCCUGGCCAAACUCGACGUUCCGUUCCUGACGGAUCUCAGCGCACACGUCGAUCAGAGUAUAUUCAUGACGAAAAGCUCAAAAUGA